CCAUCACCAGUUGAUGAUAUAUCCAAUACACCAGGCAAUGAAAAGUUUCAAAUGGAAGAUCUAAUAAAAUCAGGCACACUAGAGCAGUGGUGUAAAGAAGGUAUUAUGAAGCUGACACUUACCCGUGUACUCAUGAUUGGUCCUGCUGGAUCUGGAAAAACAUGUGCACAAAGUCUUCUACUAAAUGAAGACCCACCAAUGGGCAUACCAUCAGAAUAUGCUAACUCAUCUAAGCCACCUACCCUUUUACAAUCUGACCCACAUACCAAUGCCCCCUCAACCACUACAACUCCUGUACAAUCUUCUGGCCUCACUCCUCAUUCUAUAGUCUCUAUCACUGACAGUACACCAAUAGCUUGUAAAGCUGUCAAGGCUCUUAGAAUAGCUUUUGAUGGUAAAGAGACAUGGAAGAGAAUUACUAGAGAUGAACUGCUGAAGAAAUUAGCAUCUAGUUUAAAAAAAGCUGCAGAAAAUGCUUUGCGAAGAAGGCAAAUAUCAGCUCAUCCACAUUUAGAAGAAUUAGAGGGUGCCAUGGAAAUUGAUUUAGAAGUACCACUAGAAGAUUACGAUCCUGAAGAUGUACUUAAGGAAAUUGCUGAUCUUCUACCUAAAGCAGAAGCUCAGUUAAGUGAGAAGUGGGUAUACAUUGUUGAUUCUGGUGGUCAACCAGCAUACCAAGAGCUGCUACCAGUGUUUACUAGAGCAGCUACUCUUAACGUCAUCACACUUGAUAUUUCAAAAGGCAUUGACGAGGAGUUUGAGUUUAUGUAUCGAAUUAAUGGACGAGAAUUUCCAUGUGAUGGGGGAAUGAAAUAUACAAAUCGUAAAAUAUUCGAUUCUGUUGUUUCAUCAGCAUCAGUUCAAAAACCAAUUGAUAUUGAAUUUGUCAAACUUCAGUCUAAACACUCAAUGUCUUUUGUCCUGGGUACUCAUUAUGAUGUACUGAUUGAAAGGACUAAUGAAAAAGAUGCUGAGACAAAAGUGGUAGAGAUGAGUAGUAAUUUGAUGUCAGAACUGCCUCAAUUAGAGAGUCGUAUUAUUUCCAAAGUACAUGGGAAUUCAGUCAUAUAUCCAGUUAAUACAAUGCAGAAGCAUUCAAGUAAAAGACAGAAAAAUAGUAGAGAAAUUUUAGAGACAAUAUCGAAAUGUAUAGAGGCUACUAUUGAAAUUGAUGUCCCAAUACGAUGUUUUGCUUUUGAGCUUUAUUUGGAAAAGAAGGCAAAAGGCAAAGGUUUUGUUACUAAAGAUGAAGCCAUUAAAGAAGGUUAUAAGCUUUACAUGAAUGAUGAUGAAGUCGAAUUAGCUCUAACCAUUCUUCACAAUAGCACAAUCAUUUUAUACUACCCUAGAAUCCAACCACAAUUAGUAUUUGUUAACCCUCAGAAAAUCAUUGAUGUUCUUUCUCAUUUGUUAGCUCUCACUUACGUUGAUUAUCCAACAGCACAAUCACUGGCAACAAAUGUAACUGAAUUUGAGAAGUCUUAUCUUACAAAAAAUGGUCGUUUCAAGAAAGGUCUUCUCAAAAAGUUUUCAAAAGUAUUCUCAGAUGAUUUUACACCAGAAUACUUCAUUAACCUCCUUCAACAUCUUCAUAUUAUUAGUGAAUUGAAAAAUCAGGCUGGGUAUUAUGUUUAUUUUCUUCCUUCUGCUUUACCUGCCUACAACAAUGAGUAUGAUAAGGAUCUACCUGAAAGUAUAAAGCCUCUUUAUUAUGUGUGGCUAGAACAGGAAGAUGAAUGGGAAUCAAAAAAGUUAGUCCACGUUCCUCAAGGAAUUUUUAUCUUAUUUUAUGUCCAUUUGCUGGAACAGAAGGAAUACAGAGUCGAGUUUACUCAAGACUCCAAGUAUCGUGAUGCUGUUUCAUUUUGGAUCUACAUUAAAGGAAAACGUUAUACACUUUACAUAAUCAAUUGCUAUGAACAUAUUAAAGUUUAUUUUGAUGGUCCUAAGAAGUAUUGUCCACAAGUUCGUGAGUUGAUCACCACAACUAUCAAUAAAAGUUCUGAUGCCAUCAAUGCUAAACGGAAUCAUGCAAAUGCAUUUCCUUGCCCUAAUAAGAAAAAACAUUGCUAUUGUGUUGUGGAUGAAGAGAAUCAGGUAGCAAAUUGUAUAUUGUGUAAGUCAAGUGAUAUCAGUGAAAAUGAUGAGACUUACUGGUGCUGGUUUGGUCUUGAAUCUGACUCUAGUUCAGCAGGUAUAGAAGAAGAUGUUCUAUUGAACAUAAAACAUUUGCAUGAUGUACGAAUGUUGCUUAAAAAGAGUCAAUUUUCAAAUGCUGAAUGGUUUAAUUUUGGUCUUGGUUUGGGUUUAUAUCAUAAUACAUUAAAAACUAUUGAGAUGGAUUAUCCAAGAGAUACUAAUGGGUGUGUUAGAGAGUGUCUGGUGAAAUGGUUGGAGAAAGCUGAUGAUGUAAAUGAUAAAGGAGGAGCAAAAUGGAGCACAUUAAUUAAAGCUCUUGAAGAUUGUGAUCAAAACUCAACAGCUGAUUACAUCAGAAGUAAAACAUUGAAAAGAAAAGCUGAUGAAGAACUAUGCACAACUUCUAAAAGUAGCAAAUUAGACUAAUGUCAAUAUACUUAAAAUGGCUAGGAUUCUUCUUUUUGCUAAAUAAAAUAAUUAUUAUGGUAACUAGUAGGAUUGAUUAUAGUGUACUUAGCAGUAGAUUUUGGUUUUUGUUAACACUUUGUUGAUUAAAUACA